UUUCAGAAUGUUCAUCAGGGUUAUCUUGCCGAAACUUUGGUGCGUUUCCUGAAAGCAAGGGAGCUGAAUGUAUCCAAAGCCCAUAAAAUGUUGGUGGACUCUUUGCAAUGGAGGGUGCAGAAUGAGAUUGACAAUAUUUUAGAGAAACCCAUAGUUCCUACUGAGUUAUAUAGAGCAGUACGUGAUUCACAGCUCAUAGGAAUGUCAGGGUACUCAAGAGAGGGACUGCCUGUCUUCGCUAUUGGGGUAGGGCUUAGCACAUUUGACAAAGCAUCAGUGCACUACUAUGUGCAAUCGCAUAUUCAAAUCAAUGAAUAUCGUGAUCGUGUAAUUUUGCCCUCUGCAUCGAGAAAAUAUGGACGGCCCAUAACCACCUGUGUGAAGGUUCUAGAUAUGACUGGUUUGAAGCUUUCAGCAUUGAGCCAAGUAAAGUUGUUGACAAUCAUAUCGACCAUAGAUGAUCUUAAUUACCCAGAGAAGACAAACACAUAUUACAUCGUAAAUGUUCCAUACAUAUUUUCCGCAUGUUGGAAGGUUGUGAAGCCUCUGUUGCAAGAGAGGACAAGGAAAAAGGUGCGGGUGUUAUCAGGUUCUGGGAAAGAUGAACUGUUGAAGAUAAUGGACUUCGCGUCACUUCCUCAUUUUUGUAGAAGAGAGGGUUCUGGUUCAUCUCGUCACUCGGAGGACAACAAUUGCUUCUCGUUGGACCAUCCUUUUCAUCAGCAGCUCUACAAUUACAUUAAACAGCAAUCUAUGACAAGUGAACCUGUUGCACCAGUCAAACAGGGGUCUUUCCAUGUUGAUUUCCCUGAGCCAGCUGCUGAAGGAACAGAGAUAGCAAAAACAAUAGAAUCCGAGUUACAUAAGUUUGAGAAUCAAAAUUGCCUGUCCAAACCUCUUGACUCUCUGAGAAUUAGUGAUGACUGAAGCUAUAGAACUCUGGCGUUUUCAGUAACUUUCUGUGCGGAAUCUUAACCUUUAGUCGCUGAUAGCAAUGUUAUAGCUCGUAGGUAAGGAACAAGGUUUCCGUUAGCUGUACAAUUUCCUGUUAUACAAUAUAAAUAUAUGUAGUAGCAGUACAUAUCUCUGAGUGAAUUCUACCGGGAAAUGCUGCUAAUAUAGUGUUUGUUUUUCGAGUUAUCUGGCUGGAUAGCGAGCGUGAAGUUGAAUCCAGCCUGACAUGUAGGAAUGCAGUGGAAAUUGUAAUCUUAAAUGCAAUCUGUUUUAACCCUCCUUAAAAUCUUUGCAUGAUCUUUUAUGUC